ACCAUUCCCGAUUUGCCCUACUUGAAUUUCCCACGCGCUCUGGGUGUCACAUCCGGUUUCAGACCGCCUCGCAGCUCCUCUCUCGCGCUCCCGUUUCCCUGCUCUUAACCAAAACGGUGAGCCAAACUUGCGCGCGGUACCGGUAGCUCCCCCUCCACCACCACCACCACCCGCGUUUCGUUUCUGAAACUGAUGCUGAGCGGAGAGCGCGAGAGCCGGUAGUGGAGCGCGAGACACACAUACAGAACCAGCCGAAGCACCGGGAGCGCGAGAUGAGCUAAAAUAAUGCCCGGAGAGGACCGCGCGAGACCCGUUUCGCCGCUUACCCCGUCAUUCCGCUGCUGAAAGAGAGAAAAAGAGAAAGAGAGAGAGAGAAAAAGAGAGAGAGGAAGAAGAAGAAGAAGAAGAAGAAGAAAGGAGAAGAAGAAGGAGGAGGAAGAGGAGGAAGAGGAGAAGAGCACGCGAGCCACAGCGGUCGAGGCGGGAGGAGAGGCGCGAGAGCGGAGCUGAAUGUGAGAGGCGCGAGAUGCAGCCCGCGAGCAAGCUGCCGACGCUCAUCCUGCUCGUGCUCAUGGGCACGGAACUCACGCAAGUGUUGCCUGCUAAUCCGGAGGAAUCGUGGCAGGUGUACAGCUCGGCGCAGGACAGCGAGGGCAGGUGUGUUUGUACGGUCGUCGCUCCGCAGCAGACCAUGUGCUCCAGGGAUGCUCGCACCAAGCAGCUACGGCAGCUUCUGGAGAAGGUUCAGAACAUGACCCAGUCGAUCCAGGUUCUGGACCAGCGGACGCAGAGGGACCUGCAGUACGUGGUCAGAAUGGAGGACCAGCUCAGAGGCCUGGAGACCAAGUUCAGACAAGUGGAGGAAAACCACAAACAAAACCUCGCCAAGCAAUACAAGGCCAUAAAGGCGAAGAUGGCGGAGAUACGGCCGCUGAUCCCUGUGCUGGAAGAGUACAAGGCGGACGCACGGCUGGUGCUGCAGUUCAAACAGGAGGUGCAGAACCUGACAACCAGCCUGGCUCACCUGCAGGAGGAGAUGGGAGCUUACGACUAUGACGAGCUUCAUUCCCGCGUCUCCAGUCUGGAGGAGAGACUCCGGGCGUGCAUGCAGAAACUCGCAUGUGGAAAGCUGACGGGCAUCAGUGACCCCAUCACCGUUAAAACAUCUGGAUCUCGCUUUGGAUCCUGGAUGACUGACCCACUGGCUCCAGAGGGAGAUACCAGAGUGUGGUACAUGGAUGGUUACCACAACAACCGUUUUGUGCGGGAGUAUCGGUCGAUGGCGGACUUCAUGACGUCAGAUAACUUCACAUCCCACCGGCUGCCACACCCGUGGUCUGGGACAGGUCAGGUGGUCUACAACGGCUCCAUCUACUUCAACAAGUUCCAGAGCCACGUCAUCAUCAAGUUUGACUUCAAGACCUCCACCAUCAGCAAGACCCAGAGGCUGGAUAACGCAGGGUUCAGCAACGCGUACCACUACGCUUGGGGCGGCCACUCCGACAUCGACCUAAUGGCAGAUGAGGGUGGGCUCUGGGCCGUUUACGCCACCAAUCAAAAUGCAGGUAACAUGGUCAUCAGCAAGCUCAACCCAAUCACAUUGCAGAUCAUCAAGACGUGGACGACUAACCACCCGAAGCGCAGCGCAGGGGAGUCCUUCAUGAUCUGUGGGACACUCUACGUGACCAACGGCUACUCCGGAGGGACGAAGGUCUACUACGCCUACCACACCAACUCUUCCACCUACGAGUACAUCGACAUCGCGCUGCAGAAUAAAUACUCGCACAUCUCCAUGUUGGAUUACAAUCCUCGGGACCGCGCCCUCUAUGCCUGGAACAACGGCCAUCAGGUGCUCUACAACGUCACCCUCUUCCACCUGAUCCGCUCUGAGGAACUGUAAGCUUGGAGAUGCCGCGUAACUAUGGAGACUAUGUGCGUUGGCAGUGGUGAACAGGGAUGCUAUGGAACAUUCGGUCAUAUGUAAUGGGGUGGAACGCCAACAGAUGAAACAACUGUUGGGCUAAUGGAUAGUAUGAAAAAUGUAUAAAAAACAAAGCAAAGAGAAUACUUUAAGAUCAUGGACUUGGACAAACAACCAAGACCAAUGCCAAAAAAGUCAUGCCUUUUGAUGUUUUAUAACACAUCAAUUUUUCAUCGUAGGGUUCUGUACAGGCUUUCUCUGGCACUAAUAGGACUUAAGUGUUGGUCAAAGCGAGAAAAAAGGGGCAGAGCCAUGAACUUGACAGAUUGGUUACUGACUCUUAACCAAAAUGUACUGCCCCUUCUUGCACUGGCUAACUUUGUGGAGAGAAAUAUUAGGUGCUACAUCAAAAGAUACCCACUUGGACAGCAAUUACAGCAUAUCCCAACCUAAACAAAUGGUUACCCGAGCCUUGUCCAGCCCAAUCACAACCCGACUUGAGGCCUGACCCAGCACAUUCUCAACGCGACAAUACAAUAGGCAAUACUCAGCAAACAUUUGUAGGCUGUGAUAGCGGAACACAAACAAAACUAGCGAUAGGCUGAGGGCGUUGACUGUUGAAAGUUCUGCUGUUGUUCAAAGGUUUCUGCUGAGAUUUUACUUGAACCUGCCAUUAACGAAACCCCAACAGUGUCUGUAACAAGCAAUGUAGCACCCUAUAUCGGACCAAAGAGUGCUAUGAGGCAUUAAACGACGAGCUAACUUUCUAACAAGCUGGCUAAUGUAUCAAGUUAGACUUAGCAUUAGCAUCGCUAUAUGCAGUAUGACUGCUGUAGCCAGUGUAACUGACGAUGUACAACAAGGCGGUUCAGGUAGAACCUUACUGUGGUUUAUUUUCCGUGUUUGUGACUAGCCGUGAGAUGCGUUUCAUUUUGCAUGAGCGGAUUCUACAUAUGCAGGUGUGCUUGUAGGAAUGUUUAUACCUGUAUGAUCCUGUAAACAGUGUGUGGGAGGGGUGGGGGGGGUGCUUUCUAGAACUAUGGGGGUAAAGACAUUCAUUUCUUUCUCAUUCUGGUUUGUUAUCAGUGACCUGUUAGGGUCAAUUUCACCACUACGCUUCAUAUGUAUAUGUCCAUUGAUAAUGCAUAACAACAGAUGUGUUCUGUUAAGGUAAAUUGGUUCCUUACUAUCUCCUUAUCACUAUAUAAAGCAUUUAGAGAUCAUAUUGACAUUAUUUCCUCACUUAAUAUUUCUGGCGUAUAAAGGAAUUCAUCGCUUUUUGGCGCCGCCCUGCUGGUGGGAUGUCAUAUUCUCACGUUAGCUAUAAAACAGCGAAAAAAAAGAUGGAUACAGGCGACACAGUAUCUUGCUGGUAGUUAGCAGCAGUUGUUACUGUUGCUCUCAUGUCUUAGUUUGUUGUUGAAUUCCUUAAAAGCUGUUUUCUAACCCACAAAAGAAAGCCUCGCUUCGAGAACCGAGGCUGGUGGAACAUGGCUGGUAAUCAGGCAGCAGGGCUGCAGCUUUCAUAACGUGUCACUCUGUAUGUACACUGAUUACACAGUGGCCUGGAAUGGUCAACUGUAUCCACACAAGCAGAAGGGUUUUAGUGUAAUCCAGAAACAAAUCCUCCACCAUCUAAUCAACACUCAGCAAGAUCGAGGUUUAUCCGUGCACAGCCCAAAAUAGAGCUGGCAUGCCUAAUCAUGUCCAGUGCAAUUCCCACCAAUCCCAGAUUGUUUGAUGUGAACCACAUCUGCUGUUGGGUUCAGGUGAAAUUUCCCUGCAUUUUAAGAGAUGGUCCAACUAAACAGUGCUAACGGUGAAUGAAGGGUGAUGUUGCCAGUUUCCCAAGGGGCCCAGUCUUUGUCUCACAACAUCCCGGUAAAGUUUCAUACACGAGUCUCAUUUAGGUGAACGUUGGGAGGGGACUCAGACUUUUUGUUCUGUAAACGAAGACAAAUGAGUUCUUCAAGGGUUCUUUAAUAAAGACAAUGGUUCUAUGUAGAGCCCAAAAUUCCUACCAGCUCUUCUGCUUACAGGGAUGGAAGGUUUCUCUGUUCAUCGUAAGUUCUACACACUUAAAAAGGUGAUUCUUCAAGGGUUCUUUAGUAAAAGGAAUGGUUCUGUUUAGAGCCAUGAGUUCUAUACAGAACCAUUUCAUGCUUAAA